GUAUACUACUGUUUCUUUCUUCCCAUUGUUUCUCAUUUUUUCUUCUUCUCAAGCUGUAAUUGCUUAUUAGCUAGGUAGGGACAUAUAUCUCUCUAGCUAGCUAUAUGAUGCAGCUGGGAGAACAAGAAUCAGUGUUGGACACCUCCAUGCCGCUGCCGCUGCCGCUGCCACCACAGGAUGGCGCUAACGGCGGUGAGGAGAAAGGAAGAGAAGGCAGUGGUGGUGGAGAGUUAGAUGAAGAUGGUGGUGACAAGAUCGGUAGCGGUGGAAGCCGGUGGCCCCGGCAAGAGACGUUGGCUCUCUUGAAGAUAAGGUCGGAUAUGGAUGCUGUGUUUCGUGAUUCAAGUCUUAAGGGUCCACUCUGGGAAGAAGUUUCAAGGAAACUAGCAGGAUUGGGUUAUCACAGAAGCGCAAAGAAGUGCAAGGAGAAGUUUGAGAAUGUGUACAAGUACCACAAAAGAACCAAAGAGAGUAGAAGUGCCAAACCAGAAGGAAAAACUUAUAGAUUCUUUGAUCAGUUACAAGCCCUAGAGAAACAAUUCUCACUCUCUUACCCUCCACAACCGCAACUGCAACCGCAACCACCAACUCCACAACCUAGUUUGCCAACAAGGCCUAGUGAUGGUACAACAGUCUCUCAUGUCACCACAACUGUUCCAUCCACAAACCUUCCUCCUACAAUAAUUUCCCCACCACAACCACCAACAAAUGCUGUUACCACCACAACCAAUGCUGCUACCACCACAACCAUAACCUGUCCAACAGUAGUAGCCAACCCUAGAAACACAUCACAAGCUGCCACUGCCGCCGCCACCACUCCCACCAACAACAAUAAUGUUCCAUAUUCUUUGCCCAAUAUGAACCUUUUCUCCUCAUCCAACUCCACCUCUUCUUCUACAGCCUCCGAUGAAGACCUGGAAGAGAAGUACAGGAAGAAGAGAAAAUGGAAGGACUACUUCAGGAGGCUCACGAGGCAGGUCUUGUCCAAGCAAGAAGAAAUGCAGAAGAGGUUCCUGGAAGCCAUAGACAAGCGUGAGAGAGAACAAAUCGCGCAGCAAGAAGCUUGGAGGGCGCAAGAAAUGGCAAGGAUCAAUAGAGAACAUGACCUUCUUGUUCAAGAAAGAUCAACAGCGGCUGCAAAAAAUGCAGCGGUCAUUGCAUUUUUGCAAAAGUUAUCAGGUCAGCAGAGCCCGAUAACACAGCCUGCAGGGGCCAACUUUCUCCCACAAACACCGCAGCCACAAUCGCAACCGCAACAAUCACAGCAACUGCCACAAUUGCAUCUGCAACUGCAACCACAACAGCAACAACCACAACCACUAGUGUUGCCGCCACCAGUAUCAAAACCACAGCCACCACAACAACCUCACCAGCAACAGCUAGUUCCACAUCCAUUGGCUUCAAACAACAACAUGGAAAUCCAAAGCAUGAGCAAUGGUCAUAACAAUGGCACUCCACUAAGCUCUUCUAGGUGGCCAAAAGCUGAAGUUCAUGCUCUCAUCAAGAUAAGGACAAGUCUUGAAGCCAAGUAUCAAGAAAAUGGACCAAAAGCUCCAUUGUGGGAAGAGAUAUCAGCGGCGAUGCAGAGGAUUGGGUACAACAGGAAUGCCAAGAGGUGCAAGGAGAAGUGGGAGAACAUCAACAAGUACUUCAAGAAGGUCAAAGAAAGCAACAAGCAGAGGCGUGAAGAUAGCAAGACAUGUCCCUAUUUUCACGAACUUGAAGCCCUCUACAAGGAAAAGAGCAAAACACAGAACCUAUUUGGUGCUUCAAUCCACAACAUGAGGACCAAUGAGAUGAUGGAGCCAUUGAUGGUGCAGCCGGAGCAGCAGUGGAGGCCUCCCCCUCAGUAUGAAGAAUCGGUUAAGAAGAAUGAUGAAACAAAAGAAAGAGAGCAGGAAGAAGAAGAGGAAGAUUAUGAUGAAGAAGAAGGAGAAGGAGAUAGCAUGGAAGAAGAUGGAGGAGGGAACCGUUAUGAGAUUGUGACAAAUAAACUUUCUUCUGUGGACACCGUUGAAUGAGACAAGAUAAGGAAGUUUCUGAUUGGAUGGUGGAGUUUUCUUGGAUUUUUAAAUUUUUUUUCUUUCAUUUGAGUAUUACAACUUUGCAAAUGUCUGAACUCUGAACAUACAUGUUAGCAUUCACUUUAAGAUAAAAGCAUAUGAAACUUGUUUUCUGAA